UCUUCCGACUUGGCGUCAUUUGGCGCACUAUGUCUUGUACAAGAGGCGAAAUAGCGAUGGCAACCAUUUGACGCUUGCACCGGUUUUUCACAGUGCAGUGUAUUUUCACUAGGAAGGAGGUUGAAUCUCAUUGUAAAGGAUUGGUGACAAUUUCAUCCUUAUUAUUUUGGAAAAAAGAACCUUGCUAAAUUUAUAUGCGUGGAAAAAUACUUCAUCUCUGCGCACCUGAUAUUGUGUGAUUUGUGCUCGUUUACGUGGAUUAAUUCUUUUGCUUGUUUACCGAUCAUCCUAUCAUUGGUUUACUACAGUGUGUAUUGUUCUGUCAAAAGUGGAGUGUUAGUGGUUUUAUUCAAAAACCUUUUAGCAGAAAGAUGCGGGAUAUCAAACGAAUAGGAUUGUUAUUAUAUAUAACUAUUUCAGCUUAUUCAAUAUCACUUAGUAAUGCAGCUAAAUUAGUAAUCAAUCCAUCUGGUCAAGCACAGAGCCAACCUGCUGGUAAGGGAUUUGGCCUGACAUGUAGGGGAGAAGCAGAAAAUACAGAGUUUUUCACAGAAAUGAAAUGGGUCGGUCCUAAAGGUCCCAUUGUUGAAGGAACUUCAGGCCCCAUUGAAACAUCAAAGGCAGAUGAUGCCCUAUUAUUGAUGUUCAAAGAACCUUCUACAGAAGAUAGUGGAUAUUACAACUGCAGUGCAGUAUAUGAUAAUACAGAUAAAUUAGAUACAGGAGUACAAUUAACAUUUUUUCAGGAUAUCACUUGGGAAGACUGCCCAACCAAACAAGCCCUCGUAAUCAACAAUGAUGGAAAAAUUAGAUGCAGAGUCUCAGCGAACCCACCUGCGACAAUACAAUGGACAAAAGAUAACCAACUACUUACUGAUCGUUACAUUGUUGAAAAUGAUGGAAUCAAAGUUACUGGUGUCAAUGAAGAAGACAAGGGUACAUUUUCACUCAGAGCUAUGGUACAACAGACUGGAAGGUUUCAGAAUAGGAAAAUAAAAGUUGAAGUUCAUGUUCCUCCUGAAAUUAUUGAAUUGGAUGAUAGAAUUGAAGCCACUGAAGGAAAUGAAGCUAUGUUUAGGUGUCAAGCUAGUGGAUUCCCAAGACCUGUAUAUGCUUGGUUUGAUCCUGAUCAAAGGGACCUUAGUACUGUUGAAGGCCAUAUUGUUGAUGCUGAUACAGGCAGUUUGAUAAUUAGCAGCGUAAAACGAGAAAACAAGGGACGCUAUACAUGCUUAGCUAAAAAUCCUGCUGGUGAUGCUAAAAGGAGCUUAGAUCUAACAGUUGUUGUCAAACCAGAAAUUAAAGUAUUCAACAAUAUCACAGCUGCUCAAGGUCAAGAUGCAAAAUUUGAAUGUAGAGCUGUUGGGGACCCAUUACCUGACCUAGCAAUAAGAAAACAAGGACAGGAUAGGCCCUUUGAUGAGGAUGAUGAUCGAGUAAUCAUUAAUAGGAAAACUGAAUCUGAUGAAGCUGUUUUAACUUUAACUAUCGAGAGAGUUGAAAGAAAUGAUGAUGGAUUGUAUUACUGUGCUGGAGAAAACAAAGGAGCUCAAGCAGAACGUGCUGGUCACCUUCAAGUUGAAUUUGCACCUGUGAUGUCAUUAACUCCCACCACUUCUGUAAAAACCUGGAAUGGAAACUCUGUUAAUAUUACAUGCAUUGCAGAAUCUAUACCAAAUGCAACUAUCUCUUGGUUCUUUAAUGAGAGGAAAAUACAAGAUGAUGAUACCUAUACAGUUCAUGGUCGAUCUGCUGAAAGUAAUUUACAGGUUCGUCCACCAAGUGAUAUACGAGGUAGUCAAAAUAUUUAUGGAACUUACAAGUGCCAAGCUGAAAAUUCCCUUGGAUCACAGUACAUUAAUAUUGAUCUCUUAGAAGCGCGAAGACCAUCAUCCCUUCAAGGAAUAACUGACAUUAAAAAAACUGCCACAACCAUUACAUUUGAGUUCAGAGAGCCAGCAGAUGAUGGAGGAUUGCCAAUUCGUGCCUAUGUUGUCAAAUACCAUGAAGAAAAUGAGCCUUAUGAUGCUCCUGCAGUUCAAGAAUGGAGUGAAGGAUUCCCAUAUGUACUUGAGAAUCUCAAACCUCGCACUACAUACAAGUUUCAAUUUGCUGCCAGAAAUGAAGUCGGUGUUGGUGAAUAUAGUGAUGAAAGAAGAAUAGAAAUGCCUGCAGAAUCAGCUCCUGAACCGCCUAAAUUCAUUACUCCUGGAGGAAAAGUUAGCACAUAUCCAGAUCGGUUCUCCAUUCGAUGGACUGUCCCUCUCGAUAAUGGCAGAAAAAUUGAUUAUUUUGAACUUCGUUAUUUUGAAGCAGAAAAAAAGAAUGGUGCUUGGCGAAGAGUAGGAGAGACUGUUGUAAAAGAUAUUAGAGAUUGGGAAAAUGCUCCCCUGUUUGAAAUGACAAGGUUGAAGCCUAGUACUUAUUAUAAAGUUGAAGUCAGAGCCAAAAAUGACAUUGGAUUCAGUCAAGAUGCCACGAUGGUCUUCCAGACAGCAGCAGAUCCCAGCAAAGGUACUCAGGGUCGCUCUCACAUCCACAUGCCUGGGUCUGAGCACGAUCGUACGAGCAACGGUUACCAUGGUACUGUACCAAGUUCACUGUCCACUGGUGCAAUACUUGCCAUCAUUGUUGCCAUUGUACUGGUUAUCCUAAUUGUCAUAGAUAUAACGUGUUACGUCCGAUACCACUGGGGCCUAGUAUUCUUUUUACGUAGUAGAGUUUGUGCAAAACCAAUGGUCAACGAAAAAGCCAAAGAAGCAGCAUUUGAAGAUGGAAAAGGAGGAAAUGAUCUCAAUACUAACAAUGGAGACGUUAAAAUUGAGGCAAACAGUGCAAUUGUUACUGAGAAAGGUGACAACUUUGAAAAAAAGACAAGAACAGAAGUAGAUAAUCCAGCAUUUGACAAGGAGAAAGAAGCUUUGAAGGCGAAAGAAGAGACUGAAAAGGAUAACGAUGGGGAUGUUGCAAAUGAAGAUACUCCCAUGAUUCAAACUUCAGGUGCCAAGGACACCAAAGCUGGUGAUGGCACAGAUGCUAAAAAUAAAUCACCAAAGGGUUCAAAGUCUAGUAUUGCAAAGGAUAGCCUAGUGUAGAGCGACCAAAGAAGUAUGACCCUUUCACUUUAUGUCGGCAUAACACUCGAUGCUAACAUAAUCUAAGUGGAUAAAAAUAAAAACUGUGACUUCAUAAUUGUUGUUUGAACAGUCGGUACAAAAACUUAAAAGAUUCAGCUGCUUAUGACACACGAAAAAAAAAACUGAAACUUCAUUUUUUUAAAACUUCCUGUUUUUGGAUUUGAAGACUGAUUACAUACAUACUAUUCUAUUUCCAAUUUUUCGUUUAUAAUAUGUUAAAAACAUAUUUUCGAAUUUUAUCGCGAAGUGAAUUUUUUAUAGGUAUAUCAUGUAUAAAAAAUAAAAAAAAUUGAUACUUACUGCCCAUUAUUUGGAAGAGAUGAAGGACGGACUUGCUGAAUGGCAGUUUUAAUAUUUUCCUUUUAUUUGUGACGUUUUAUUUCAUAGAUUGUUGCAUUUAAUUUAUUUUUUUGUAAAUGUACCAGACAUGAAAGUAAAAUUUUAUAAUUUUAACUUCAAUUUGAACCAUUUCAUGUUCACAUCUUAACAAAAGCAAUCAUUCUCAUUUGUUGUUCCAAUGCUAAAUGCUGAGGCUUAAGAGACAUUUUUUUUGCUUUCUGUUAUCAAUAAGUAAAUAAGGUGGCGAAGAAGAAAAAAAUGAAGGGCUCCUUAGAUUUUGAGAGCAGGGAGCUGUACCUUCUACAACUGGUACUUUUUCAUUUUCCAAUACUUCUACUUAGAACUAUUUUAAAACCUUCUAGUUUUUAAUGUAUGUGCAAGGUAUAGAAGGAUUAUUUUAAUGGUAUAAUACCCGAAAAAAAAGUAUUACUUUCUUGCCUGGUACUUUCGAGAAAGUGGCAUUCAGUUUGUAUUGUAUUUUUAGGCUUUUGUUAUGAAAAAAAAAUGUAUAAAGUCAUUUGCAUCAAUAUUUGUUUUAUGAGUUUCACAUGAUUGUUCAAUUUGGAACAAGAACUUUGAGAUUACUCAUUCCUCUGUUAUGUGUUUCAAAAUCAUUCCACAAUGUUUUUCUUUUUUUUUUGUUAUUGUUUUGUUUGCUUGAUUGUGUGCAGAUUUUUUUUUAAAAUUUUGUGUGCAUUUUACCAUAUUAUGGUACACCAUGUUUUUUUUUUUUUUUUAGUCUUCUCAUUGUUGCAAAGUAUUUAGUAAAUUUAUUUUCUCUAACUCAGUCUUUCUUUUAAAUUCCAUUUUUUCCCCAUCAUCUUCAUCUCAAAUCAUCCAUUAUAUUUUCUUUGUUAUGUUUUUAUGUUUCUGUACUUGUCUUUUGUGAUGUACGAGUUGAAUUAUUUGUUUCUUUUGAAAUUGUAACGCUUUGAUUUUCAUUUUUUUAAUGAGUAUUUUUCAGUAUAAAUUUUUAAAUCUCUUUGCUUGUAAAUAAUGUGAUUCUUUUCCGCCAUUAAAAUAUUUUUUUAAAAAUUCAUUCUUUUUUUCAUAAAGUUUCAUGAAAACAUUAUGUUUUAGAAUGGGCUGCAUGUUUAAUUGCAGCUCCAUUUACUUAUUAUUUUGCCUGCUCGAAGUAAGAUUGGUGGGAUUUUUGAAGCCAUUUUUUAAGUUUGGCUUUAUCAGUGCUCAUCACACGUUUUUUUUAUGAAAGCAUUCAAAAUGACAAGUUUGUAAGCAAUUUGUAAUUUUAAUAUUGAAUCUUGAUAUCUUUUAAGGGAAAAAACAUUCUAAACUUUAAAAAAAAAAUUGAAAUUACAUUGAUUACAGAUAUUUUUUAGAAUUUUACAUUUCUUGCUUGGAAUAAGUUUUAGAAUGAGGUUUAUCAUACAUUUGGUAAGUCAUACUAUCUUUGAAAACGAACAUUUGUGCAGCACUCUUAAUACUGCUUAGCACGGCUGUAAACGAAAAUAAGAUACAUGAUAUCAUAUGUCAUUUAUAACUUGUAUGUGCUGCAAUUUCCAGCCUUUUUAGUUGCAUAAAACAUUAUUAUAUGUAUAUAUAUAAUGUAAAAAAAAAAUAAAUUUCAAUACAGACCUGGUAUUACCAGGGCCUUAACAUCGGUAUGAGCAGCUAUUUUUCAGCAAAUGAGGUUAUUGAACUAUUAAAUUGUGUAUGUUCUCAUAUAUUGGAAUGCUUGCUGCUCUCUUCUUACCUUGUGAUGUUGUGUGCAUGAAUUAAGAAUAAAAUCUUAUUCAUAAAUGUUA